AUGACCGUAGACAGAGCCGGUCGGCCACCGGCGCCACGACGCGCCUCGUCCACUUACAGGAGCUACGACGAGCUCGGAGUGAUAGACCGCGGGAGGCCGCUGAGGUACAGACACGGCGGAAUCGAGGACCUGACUGGCCUCGAACAGCCCAGAGCUUACAGGACGUACGACCCUCAGGACCUUGAUAACAUAACGGUGAUCAGCUCCGAGGAGAUUCCAAAGCCCAAACGAAAGACGAUGGAGGGCCUGACUAGUGGCUUCAAAAGAACGUUCUCCGUGAGAAGCAGGCGCGACGAGCCAGAGGCCAUUCCGAUGGAGAGCUUCAACGGGACGGGUGAGGAGACGUUCGCCACUGUGAGGGGCGCGCCGUUCGGGCGGCGUAGGUCCCUCUCUCGCGACAGGGGUUUCUCCCUGCUCGCUAGAAGCUCGUCGGAGGGCGAUGUGAGGAUGAAUCUGCCGCGCGCCCCGCCCGCCAACCCCACGCCGCGCCUGCACCGCUGCCUGCGCGCCCUCGGCGGCAGCUGGAAGAACCUGCUAUUACGUGAGUCACCAGGACUUGUCGCCUUAAUAACAAAUAACUCCAUAAUCCAAGGCCAUCGACCCCUUAACACGCUAUCGGGCACACUCCGCUUAACUCAACUAAUUAGCUCUCGAAACAAAUGCGUAAACGUUGCUCACAGCCGCCAGGAAUCCGGUUACGCGUUUUCGUUGCUCUUCCGUUUAAAUGGCAGU